UGCGGAGAUGGAGGCGGAUGCAUGUGCAGAAGUUGAAUGAAAAUACAAACAAAACACAAAAAGACACUAAGCAUACGUGAAGAGGGAAAACAAACAUAAACCAAGACCUAGGAGACGGGAGAGCAAAACGUGACCACAUGAGACGAACAAAGCCAGACCACGAGUGCUGUACGAACCCUGACUUAAAUACAGACAGGUGGUUGUUAACUGGGAUGAGAGUCAGGUGUGGGUGAUCAUGUGACCGUGAUGCAGCGGUGCAGUGGCUGCUGGGAAUUAGAGUCCAUAGUCCCCUCCGGAGAUUCAUAACAUUUUAGCUACCAGUUUAUGUAUUUGGGCAAACCAAGCAAGUACAAUGGAGCAUUCACAUACCUCGUGAACAAGCUAAUACAUUUAAGUUCUACACCCACUGUCUGUUUUGUGUGCUGUUUCCACUCAGUACAACACCCUGAUGCCUCAGACAUUUUACAACGCUCCUGGUCAUAAUCUCUUGGUGGAUUUCUUCAUUUAUGAGGCAGAUGUGCACUCCCUGACUCUGCCCCAGAUGAUGUAACCCUAGAUAGUAACUAAUCAUCAGAUUAUCCAACAUGAGUGCAUUGCUUAAUUCUGAACAGUUUACAUGGUACUAACUGGAUCCAGUACCAGAGACGACAGACAUGUCAGUCAGACAGUGACUGACUAAAUGAGAGAGACGGAAUCGAUCCAUUUGCAGUUCCUUUGAGUCCGGCUUGCUAAUGCUUUGCUUCCUAGGAUCAGUUCAGGACUCAUGAUGACAGAUUGGCUGUCUGGAAUCACUGGAAAUACAGUUUCAUUUCCUAAUGGGGUUUUGUUCUAGUGGUCUCCAUCGAAACAAUUUCACGAGGAUCUAAUGGAUGUAAUGGAUUCCAAGACUCAGGAUAUAUUCAGUGUGAAAUAAACUGAAUUAAAUCUCAGCACUGUUAAAUUCUCAGUUGUUGCAUUUUUUCUUAAAGGCAGCUCUAGACAAUAGUUCUGAGGCAGUCAUUCAAAUCAUAGGUUUAUUAUAUGGUUCUAAUAUGUUUUCAUUUCUAUAGUAGUGGAUAAUUCACAGGAACGAAUCAUCCUAAUAAUAAACUAUUAAAAACAUGUUAUUUAACAAAGAGAAACAUAAUUGAAAUGGUGAUAUUUUGCGUAAGUAGAUGUUUAUUUAAAAGUUUAUGGAAAUAGUCUAUAGAAACAUCAAAUUCACAGAGACUUGAAUGGUGGAUGCGCCAUGUAAUCUACGUUGACUAAUAAAUGUAUAAAAGCAAGUUGUUAUUAUUUAACAAAGGAAAGUGUAUAAUCAUUGAAUUGAUGAUGAUGAGUGGAAUGUCUCUGUUUUUAUUGAGACUUUUCUUGAAGCAGUGUGCGUCUAAAUCAUUGGAUCUCACUAUUUGUUGUGACAUUGACUUCUGCUCGAUCAUUUCUGCCUUCAUUUGAGGCUUAAUAAUCUGUUGUAUCUCAGCUGCUUGCCUCAUGCAAUAGCAGCAGUCAUAUGACACAUACGACUUCUGCAUGCAUGCACAGUGUGUAUGCUGAAUGCUCUUGAGCUCCUUCUGUUCAGGAAGUUGUGGGGUGUAGCCCUGGCCUUCUUCUUCUUUCUCUUUUAUUUUUCACGUCUUUCUUCAUCCAAAGACAGCUGUUUGAGCCUUUUUCAGUGUUCGUGUCUAUUUGUUCUCGUUGUUUUUUUUGGGUGAGAAUCCUGCCUGCCUUGUGAUUUGGAUUUAUCUCAGGGGGUCUGGGAGACUGAUUGGGGGAAGAUAUUAGAAGAAGCGGUUUUGUCUCGACCGCCAUCAUGGCCACGGAAGAAAUGGGUGGAGACGCUCCAAUGGAGAGAGAAGAUAUGGUCGGCCACCCAGAGCCGGGCGGCACCACUCAAGGGAGUGAUCCGGGCGGGUUGUCCGUGCUGGAACAGCUGGGUCUGGACCACGGCUCGGACUUUUCAGAUUCAAGCGUGCAGCAGCGGCUGGACGAGGAACGCGAGAAGAUCCGCCGGGAGAUCCGCAAGGAGCUGAAGAUCAAGGAAGGAGCAGAGAACCUGCGACGUGCAACCACUGAUAAACGCAAUGCCCAGCAGGUGGACAACCAGCUGCGCUCCUCCAACCGGCGUCUCCACUCGCUCCAUGCACAGCUCCAGGAGCUUGACGCCCAUAUUGUUGUCAAGGGAACGGAUGAGGCUCGUGAUGAUGUGCCUCGUUCUCCCGGCACAGAGAGCCGGGCAUCGGCCCAUCAGGAGCGCAUUGCCGCGCUGGAGAGGCAGCUCAACAUAGAGCUCAAAGUCAAGCAGGGCGCUGAGAAUAUGAUCCCUAUCUACGCCAACAGCACUACCAAGGAUAAGAAGAUGUUGCAGACCGCCCAGCAGAUGCUCCAGGACAGCAAAACCAAGAUCGACAUCAUUCGCAUGCAGAUCCGCAAAGCAGUGCAGGCCUAUGAACAUAAUGAGGACAUACAAGGAAAGCCCGACCCGUGUGGGAUAGAGCUGAGGAUCGAGGAACUGAGGCACCACUACCGGGUGGAGCAUGCUGUUGCAGAGGGAGCCAAAAACGUUCUGAGACUGUUGGGAGCCAGCAAAGUGCAUGACAAAAAAGCCAUGUGCGAGGCUCAGUGUCGUCUGAGCGAGUCCUCUCAGAGGCUGGAUCUGCUGAAGCUCUCUUUAGACCAGCGGUUGGCUGAUCUGCCUGAGGAUCAUCCCAAAGCCUGUCUGAUCAAAGAGGAGCUCGUCCUGGCCUCCUCACCCACUUUCAGCUCACGUCACGGCACCCCCUACCUACACAACCAGUACAGCACACUGUCCAAACCCUCUCCUCUCACCGGCAUGCUGCAGGUGAAGUUACUAGGCUGUGAGAGCUUGUUGGAGGUGGUUCCUGGUCGUAGCCGUGGCAGCCCGGUGGUGUUGCCGUGCUACAGUCCCGGCGAGGCUCGCUCCUUCAUGCGCAGUGGGAAAGGCCUUUACAGCCGAAGUGGCAGCGUCAGCGGCAAGAGUGCACCGAAAACAGAUGAGCUCUCCUCGGAGGUGAGUGCUGUGCUGAAGCUGGAUAACACCGUGGUGGGUCAGACAGCAUGGAAGACAGUCGGAGAACAUACCUGGGACCAAACGUUCACUAUAGAGCUGGAAAGGUCUAGAGAAAUGGAGAUAGCUGUGUAUUGGAAAGACUAUCGCUCUCUGUGUGCGCUGAAAUUCCUGAAGCUGGAGGACUUCCUGGAUAACCAGAAACACACAGUUAAGCUAGAGCUGGAACCACAGGGCCUGCUGCUGGCUGAGGUGACGUUCUUUAACCCGGUCAUCGAAAGGGUUCCACGCCUUAAGAGACAGAAGAAAGUAUUCUCUAAACAGCAGGGUAAAGCUUUCCUGCGUGCUCGCCAGAUGAACGUGGAUAUCGGCACGUGGGUGCGGCUGUUAAGGAACGCCAUUCCGACCGUUAACAACACGGGAACAUACAGUCCCAAUACAGCUCACACAAUACAGUCUGGGGAGAUCUCUGUGGAGAAACUGAGCCUGGACUCGGAUUCCCCCAUGAAAGUGGAACUCAGGAGAGACGUGACAGAUGGACAGACACCGGAGAGACCACAUGUCAUUGAGCCGUGCUCUCCUCUGGACUCUUCCACACCUCAAAGACCCAACAGAACACACUCGCUCAGCGGUAAACAGAAGAAAACUCCAUUGAGGCUUCAAGAUUUCAGGUUGAUCGCCGUGCUGGGCAGAGGUCAUUUUGGCAAGGUAUUGCUGGCGGAGUAUAAGAAAUCAGGCUCGAUGUAUGCUAUCAAAGCACUGAAGAAAGGAGACAUUGUGGCCAGAGAUGAAGUGGAGAGCCUGAUGUGUGAGAAGCGGAUCUUUGAGAUAGUGAACAGCUCUCAGCACCCGUUCCUGGUGAACCUGUUCGCUUGCUUCCAGACACCGGAGCAUGUGUGUUUCGUCAUGGAGUACACAGCGGGCGGAGAUCUCAUGAUGCACAUCCACGCCGAUGUAUUCGCCGAGCCACGGGCUGUGUUCUAUGCUGCCUGUGUGGUUCUCGGCCUUCAGUUUUUACACGACAACAAGAUCGUAUAUCGGGACCUAAAAUUGGACAAUCUGCUGCUUGACACAGACGGAUAUGUGAAAAUAGCUGAUUUCGGACUGUGUAAAGAAGGUAUGGGCUUUGGGGACAGGACGAGUACGUUCUGUGGCACUCCAGAAUUUCUGGCUCCGGAGGUUCUGACAGACACGUCCUACACACGGGCGGUGGACUGGUGGGGACUCGGAGUCCUGAUCUACGAGAUGCUUGUUGGAGAGUCUCCGUUUCCAGGAGAUGACGAGGAGGAGGUGUUUGACAGCAUAGUGAACGAUGAAGUCCGUUACCCACGAUUCCUGUCGUCAGAAGCGAUCGGCAUUAUGAGGAGGCUGUUGAGGAGGAACCCGGAGAGGAGGCUGGGUUCUGGAGAGAAGGAUGCUGAAGAAGUUAAGAAGCAGCCUUUCUUCAGGAAUAUGGACUGGGAGGCUCUCCUCCUGCGUAAACUUCCCCCUCCGUUCGUUCCCACUAUUGGAGACAGCGAGGACGUGAGUAACUUUGAUGAAGAAUUCACAACGGAGGCACCCACUCUCACGCCGCCGCGAGAACCACGUGUGCUCUCACGCAAGGACCAGGACAGCUUCCGUGACUUUGACUACGUCUCUGACCUCUGCUGAGCUCCUGUCAAGGUCACAAAGGGGUCAGAGUUCCUAGACCUUUUACAGUCUUCUAGGAUUGUUUAUUUCGCCCCACUGUGAUAUUACAAAGAAAGACGAUCAUAACCACUACACUGUGACUCGGCAAAGUUGAAGGGCUGUUGUUUAGGAUGGCUCGUGUGUUGAAGAGAAUGUGUGGAGUUUUUACACUGUGAUGGAGGAUGAAAGUGGCAAAAGACAAGAAAUAUGAUAGAAACGUCGACUCUUUCUUCAGACGCUUUUAUCCAGAGCGGCCUACGAGUGAGCCAGAAUCCAGUCCAAGUACACGGCUAAGCAAGGUUAAGGGACACAGCAGUGACUGGGAUUUCAACUCACAACUUUCCAGCCACAAGUACAGGGUCCUAACCACGGAGCUACCACUGCCCAUGUGAAACAACUUAAAAUGUAGUCUUUAUUGUCUCUUUAUCUCUGACUUUCACCUCACAGCCAUUCAGUAACUGAAGAUCCUCUUCCUUUCUUACCUGUUAAAGUGUUUGGACCCACUGAAACUCUUUUACAUUCUCAAAUACCACGGGAAUGCCUUAACUUUAUACGCUGUCCCUUUAGAAUCUUCUAGUCUGUCUUGUAAGCAUGUUAGUUGAAAGAAAGAUCUCGUCAAUGGAUGGAGUGAUAUAAUGCAAGUAUCGUGACCUUCACUUGAUAUAAAAUAAUGCUACAUAUACGACAUCGCGAAAGCUAAAAUGAGCAUAAAACGUAAAGCACCUAAAGUCAUAGUGUGAAUUUACAGAAUUGGAAUGUGCGUCAAAUACUCCCGAUAUAAAUCACACUUUAUAUUAUACUGCAGUUUUAACACCCUGCACAUGGCAUUAUACUGACCAAACUUUUUAAAUAAUAUCUGUAAAAAAAGAAAGGUUUGAGACCAAAAUGAGUUUAAAUUAACAGCAAAAUCUGAUCCUGUGCUAAAUGUAACUCAAAAAUCUCAAAGCCAGUUUAAAACCGGGGCUCAUUAAACAUCUCAGAAUAGAUUAUGCUUUAGCUAGGAGUGUACACCUCAGGCUUUCACAUAAUAUGAUACGACUCUGAAAUCUUGAGGAAACGAUACAACAUUUGACGAUACUCCUGAACCUGCUACGAUGAGCGACUAUGCGAUUUAGUAGCCUCCUAGUGAUAUGUCACCAACUUUGUUUAGAAUCUGGUGUAUCCCUACCAUUCAUUUGCAAAUGAUGAUGAGAGUAUCAGAGUUCCGGGCAAAUCAACUUGCUAAACCUAUUUACACAUCAGUCUAAAAAUAAGAGAGCUUUUUUUGUUGUUUUUUUGGUUUUUUUACACACCAGUUCUCUGUUUUUUUAUUUAUAAUCAAUUGAAAUUCAUAAUUAUUAACUUGUUGUAGUAACCCCAAAUCAUUUCAGUAGUUUUUAAAUGGAUGCAUUGAUCCAAAAUCGUCCAGUCGUUAUACCGCUAUCUUUAGCACAUACAAAUGUACUUUUAACUAAGAACAGUUUGGGAUUUAAAAAGCAAAGAUAGAUCGAUACCUCUAAAAUUAUUGCGAUGAAGGAAUGAACAGGUUUGGAUACAAAAUUGCUGUGAGUUCUUGGCUUUGAUUUAUUUUUUUUUCUUUUAAUGAAGGAUGAGUUUUUAGUUUUUGUGGGUUUUUUUUUUUCUUCUUCUUUGUUUUAGGUGGGAAUAUGUAGCAAAUUCUUUUUAAAAAUCCCGAUCCUGUAUUGUUAAAUUCAACCGCGUUUUAUAUUUCCCCUCCUUGAAAUCACUGGCUUGUGUAAUGUAAAGGUUUUUAUGUGCAAAAUGGAGUUACUUUUGCAUAGCACACAGAUACGAAUACACUGUGACAAACUUGUAGCACGACUUCUUCGUAGACCUUUUAUCUGCAGACGUCAUUAAUGUCUGUGCAUCGGCCAUCACAACAUCGGGACAGUAAAUCAAACUACACUCUGCUUCUGUUUCCGGUGAUCCGGAGGUCAGUAUGAAUCCUGUCAUUCCAGUGUACACUUAUUACACAAUGUUUGAGAUGAGCUCUAUUUAUAAAGAUGUGUUGUACAUAACCGUUGUGUUUGUCUUUAUAAAUAAAUAAAUUGAUCAGCAAUGAUAUUGAAAGCACCUGCCAAAUAUUGCGUAGGUUUCCCUUGUGCCACCAAAACAGUUCUGAUCCGUCAAGGCAUGGACUUCACAAGACCUCUGAAGGUGUGCUGUGGUAUCUGGCACCAAGACGUUAGCAGCAGAUCCUUUAAGUCCUGUAAGUUGCGAGGUGGGUCUUCGUUGAUCGGAUUGAGACCUGGGGAAUUUGGAGGACAGGUCAACACCUUAAGUUUUUGCAGUGUGAGGGAGCGUUGUCCUGCUAAAAGAGGAAAAAAGGGAUAUACUUGGUCUGCAACAAUGUUUAGGGAGGUGGUACAUAUCAAAGUAACAUCCACAUGAAUGCCAGGACCCAAGCUUUCCCCAUCAGAAAAUUGCCCAGAGCAUCACACUUCAAUGUAUAACUUCGAGAAAUGACGGUUCACUUGCUGCCUAAUGUAUCCCACCCCUUGACAGGUGCUAUUAUAACAAGAUAAUCAAUGUUAUUCUCGUCACCUGUCACUGGGUUUAAUGUUAUGGCUGAUCGGUGUAUAUGUAAGAACACUUGCAUAGCUCUUUUUAGUAAGCUGAAGCAAGGUUUCAGACUGUAUGCUUCGUAAUACAUACGCAACUUUGAAGGUAUGAAUAUACCUAUUAAUAGAAAUGAACACCCAAGCUAACAUUAGCCAACACAGUUCGCUGUAAAGAACAUCGUGCUGUUGCUAACAAGGGGUUUUGGUGUUUCACUGUACGCAAGAACCACGCCAUUUCAAAAUGUAAAUACGUCAUGGCCCAUCGUCUGGCUGUGCCGGGUGCUUACCGAUUUCAGACUGAGAUGGGGCAGAGUGAAGGGGUGUUAGAGAGUGACUAUAAAAGGACUGUUUGUGUGUAUACACAAACAAGCACUUCCGACCAUAACGGUUUUCCAAAAUGGUUUUCUCAGCCACAUAAUACACUUGUGCAGAGGCCAUGACUUACACAAUUAUUAUUAUGUAUCAUGUUCGACAUGUAUUCCAGGUUGUUUAAACAAGUAAGGAAUUUUUUUUUUUUUAAAUCAAGCAUUGCACCUUUAAGUCCUGUCACUGGCUAUGUCACAAACUGCAUACUACCUUACUAAAUAGUACUGUAUGUAAUCCAUGGUAAGGUGCAUUAGGCAAGAUUUCUCACCAUGGUUAGUUCUCUAUUGUUUAAUCCUGCUAAACAAAACAACUGAAACCAUCACAGAAAUUCUAACUGGUUCCACUGCAAAUACCUUCAGCUAACCAUUAACACCAUUACUGGUCCUUAAUGGUAUCCACUAGACAUAACACACCACCAACAGAAGGCAACAAAUUACCUGUAAAGACCCAUAGGGACCAAUAUAGUUUCCAUUUAAACCAAUACAAUUCCCAUUAUAAUUAGCAUUAGGUAUUAGCAUGUUAGCAGGAUGUGGCAUGAAGGGGUGUGAGGGAGUGUGUGUAAAAUGACUGACAGGAUGGUCAGGUAAACACCAACAUGCUUUCUGGGCCGUAAGGCCGUUUUUUUGCAGCCUAGUAAUACUAUUCUCCUGAGAUCACAGCUUAAACCAUCGUCUUUUAUUACGUUACACUUAUCGUUCCAGAGUAUUAGUAUUAUUGGCAAGAAAAAAAAUCAUGUAUUGCACCUUUAAUGUGAUACUAAGCAUACUAUUUUGUAGUGCUGAGUAUUGCGACCAAUUUGGCGAUUCGAUUUGAUUCAAUAUUGAUUAGUUAUCAAUAUUUCAUUUAAAAUGUUAGUUUUGUAUAUUAUAAAUCUGUUUUAAUAUAAAUGCUAGUAACUGAAACCCUCCUUCUUAACUAUAUUACUGAAAUACACAUUUACAUUAACAAUAGGGCCCACAGAAUUAUGUGUAAUUACUUCUUACUUUACUUUGAGUAACAAAUAUUGUAACAAGAAAUCAUAAAUAUCUGCAUACAAUACACAGAAGCUAAGCA